AUGUGGAAAAUAGGCACGACUCUCCUCCCCUGUUUCAUCCUCCUAUUAUUGAUUUGUUUCUGCAAAUCCGAUGACGGCCUAAUGCCUACGAAGCCACUCUUGGCUGGGGACAAGCUCGUCUCAAACAAUGGCAUCUUCGCUCUUGGUUUCUUCUCCCUGGAGAACUCCACCGCAAACUCAUAUUUAGGCAUAUGGUACCACAACAUCCCGGAGCGGACAUAUGUCUGGGUGGCCAACCGCGACAACCCAAUCAGCAGCAGUGUGUCCGGUAAGUUGGUUCUGACCAAUAGCUCUGACCUUGUCCUGUCAGAUUCUAGAGGCCGUAUCCUCUGGAUGACGGCGAACAAUGUCACCACUGGGGGUGAUGGAGCUGUGGCACUGCUGCUCGACACAGGAAACUUUAUCCUCCAGUCAAGGAAUUUCAUGCAGAUAUGGCAGAGUUUUGAUCACCCGACGGACACCAUCCUCCCCGGUUUCAAGGUUUGGGCAAACUACAAGACCCACACAUCAGUGCGCCUUGUUGCUUGGAAGGAUUCUCAAGAUCCGUCCACUGGGGAAUUCUCCUUCAGUCGUGACCCUAGCACGGCCCUCGAGAUCCUCAUAUGGCGUCAGACAAGCCUGUACUGGCGCAGCGGACUGUGGAACAGCACGACAGCCUGGAAUAACAACGGAUACAUAUGGUCCCAGAUCGUCGACGAUGGGGAGGAGAUCUACUCAACGUACAGCACAGGCAAUGACUCACGGAGAUCGCACUGGAAGCUGGACUACACUGGCGACUUGAUGCUCAGGAGAUGGAUUAACCAGUCGUGGGAGGUUUUAUUCAAACGCCCAGGUGAUGGCUGCCGAAACUACGGCUCAUGUGGUCCGUUUGGUUACUGCGAUAGCAUGGCGUCUAGCGGGGAAUGCAGGUGCUUCGAAGGGUUUGAGCUGGCAGAUGGCUUCAGUGCCAACUUCUCCAGAGGAUGUGUGAGAAUGGAGGCGCUGAGAUGCCGCGAUGACCACUUCCUGCCCUUGGCGGGGAUGAAGGUGCCUGGGAAAUUUGUGUAUGCCAGGAACAAAAGCUUUGAGGAGUGCACUGCUGAGUGUUACCACAACUGCUCCUGCACCGCUUAUGCUUAUGCCAACUUGAGCAGUAUCCUCGCAACAGGUGGUCCAUCAAGAUGCUUGAUCUGGAUAGGGGAGCUUGUUGACUCGGAAAAGUCCGGCGCACUUGGUGGCAACCUGUACCUUCGGCUGGCUGGCUCACCUGG